AUGGAAACUCGUCCAUGGUUGCAAGAAGGCACAAAUACAAACAGUGGGACGGAUGACAUUGCAAGAAAUAUUUUAGAUGAGGGCAUCAGUAAGUCUCUUGAUUGGAUUCCUCGAAUAGGGAUGCAAUUUGAUACCCUAGAUGCUGCAUUUGAAUUUUGGAAGAACUACGGAGGCCGAACUGGUUUUGGGGUCCGAAAAAUGUAUGCAAACAAGAGUCGAAGAGAUGGACAAAUUACUACAGUCAGAUAUGUGUGCGCAAAAGAGGGUCAUCGAGUACCAGAUAAACGUGAUCAUCUAACAAAGACCCCUAGAGCAGAAACAAGAACAGAAUGUCUUGUACGCUUGGGACUGCAAUUCAAUAGAGAAAGUAGCAAGUUUGAAGUUCAUGAUUUUGUGAGUGAGCAUAACCAUGUUCUGCAUACUGAGGAAACAUGUUUCAUGAUUCCAACUCAACGGAAUCUAGUAGAUGGCCAAACUGUUCAUAUUGAUUUUGCGACUGACUCUGGACUUAAGCCAAAGGCUGCACACCAAUUUUUCAGUCAACAAGUUGGUGGGAGGGAAAAUUUGGGAUACACUGAAAGAGAUCAAAAAAAUUACUUGAGAAGUAAGCGCCAAAAGGACAUGGCCUAUGGAGAAGCGGGGAGUCUCUUGAGAUAUUUACACAACCAAUCUUGUGAGAACCCCUCAUUUCAAUAUGCUGUACAACUGGAUAGUGAAGAACAGAUUACAAAUAUUUUUUGGGCAGAUACAAGGAUGAUUAUUGCUUAUGCUCAUUUCGGAGAUGUCAUUACUUUCGACACCACAUAUAGUACUAAUAAAGAAUAUAGGCCUUUUGGGGUAUUUGCUGGGUUUAAUCAUCACAGAGAGACUGUAAUAUUUGGGGCUGCUCUCCUUUAUGAUGAGACCGCUGAAUCUUUUAAGUGGCUGUUCCAGACAUUCCUAGAAGCACAUAAGCAAAAAACGCCGAAGACUAUAUUUACAGACCAAGAUCCGGCAAUGGCAAAGGCAUUGUCUGAGGUGCUUCCAGAUACAUUUCACGGAUUAUGUAGUUGGCAUAUAAUGCAAAAUGGAAUUAAGCAUUUGGGAUACCUGAUGAAGGAAGGCUCAUAUUUUCUUACAGAAUUUUCAACAUGCAUGUAUGAGCACGAGGAAGUGGAAGAAUUUGAAGAUGCUUGGAGUGCUAUGCUAGACAGAUAUAAUGUUCGCACCAAUCCAUGGUUGCUGAAGACAUAUGAAAUUAAGGAGAAAUGGGCUAAAUGUCACAUGAAAGAGGUGUUUACCAUUGGAAUGCGAAGUACACAGCUUAGUGAAAGCCUUAACAGUGAUUUGAAAGAUCACUUGAAGUCAGACAUGGAUAUCAUACGCUUUUUCAAUCAGUUUGAAAGAGUCGCUGAUGAUAAGCACUAUAAGGAGCUAGAAGCUGAGUAUAAUUCUAGACAAAAGUUACCAAGAGUGAAGGUCCAGAAAUCGCCUGUACUACAACAAGCAGCGAAAGUAUACACUCCAGCAAUUUUUGAAAAGUAUUUUCAAGAGGAAUUUGAUUGGUCUUCAGCAGCUAUUAUAAAACAGCAUGAGGAUUCUACUCAAACACAUGAGUAUACAAUUGCCCUAGUAGAUGAAAAGAAAAAGCAUAAGGAGCAUAAGAGGUGGACCAGGGAGGCAAGAAAUGAGGUUGUUGCAAGCAUGAAUGAGACCAAUGUAGUGGAUGAUAAGAAAUUGGCUAUAGGUAAGCGAUAUAGAAGUGCUUGCCCUAUAUUAGUUGAUAUUGCAUCUAGAGCAUCUGGAGAUGAAAAAGCCUUUAAGUUGGUAAUGAAAGUCGCACACGAGCUAAGGAAACAAGUUGAGGACAUCUUUUUGAACAAACCAACAACAAGUCCUGAUGAACAUAAUAAUUCUUCACAAGGUGAAGGUGAGAGGAUUGUUCAAGAAAGUCAGCUUGAAGACUUGCUUCUAAAGGUAAAAGGUCUGAAGAAGAAAACCAGUUGUAAAGGUCGCAAAAAACGCCCCAAGGCUUGGCAUGAGAAUAUAGGCAAGAGAAAGAGAAAAUAUUCAAGGAAAGAUAAUUCAAUUCAAGAAUCGGAUCAGGGUCAAGAAGUUGAACCACCAAAAAAGGCAAACAAGAACUCAACUGAUAAGAAUACAUCAGUGUCUAAUAAUGAUCAAACAGUACCUCAACAAUCACAGGUUCAAGCUCAACCAUCAAGAAAGAGAAACACCAGAUCGUCUAAUAAAGAUCAAUCACUGCCUCAACCAUCUGAGAAUCAAGAAGCUAGACCUUCAAGAAAGAGAAAUAAGAAAUCCUCUACUGAAAACCAAUCACUACCUCAAGAGUCUCAGGAUCAAGGAGCUCCACCAUCAAGCAAGAGGAAGAAACAAUUGUCCACUCGUUUAGUUGGUUAUCAAACAUAG